AUGUCAUCUCCGGAGGCACUGGAAUUCUCCAAGCAGGGCUGGAGGGCGGAAAGCUCGCCCGUUGCUUAUGGAAAGCCCGCCCUCGAAAAAUCCGUUAACGUGACUGUUCAGGCGGCAGGAUGGACCACUCAGAACCCUGUUCUAGCCGCAUGUGUGGUCGUGGGCGCUAGCGGUGCAGUGGUUUUCGCUGCUCCCAGCCUCGCAACGGCCCCAGUUCUAUCGAGUAUGGGAUUCACAACCGGCGAAUUCACGCAGGCAUGUGCAAAGUCGCAGGAAUUAACAUACUAA